AUGGGCUUUUUGCUGGAUGGAAAGAGGGAAGGUAGCAAGAGACUACAGAUCUUGCUACACCUGGAGGAGUACAAACACUGGGUGGUGAAACAGACGAUGGACAGCGAAAGCUUUAAAAGCCCCACCUCAUCUGAAGAGGAUCUUAAGAGAUUCAGUGCAUCAACCUCGACAUUAUUAAGAAUCAAGAAACUUCCCAUCGAUGCUGCUGAAUGGGAAAGCUAUUUUGACGAGAGUGGGCAGAUUCUCAAGUCACAAAACUAUGUGGCUUCCCAAAUUUUGGAGAAGGGGUUGGAUCUUUCUGUGAGAUCAGAAGCUUGGAAAUUCCUCACCGGCUACUAUCCCUGGAAGAGUUCCUAUGAUGAGAGGCUCACAACUGACAGCGUGAGACGGAAAAGCUAUGAAUCCCUGUGCAACAUGUACACCAAGAUCGAACCACUGCUGGAAACAGAGCAUCGAGACUUCACAGAAGUCCAGAAUUUUAUACCUGUCUAA